AUGUCGCACGGCUCGUAUUCUUCUUACUCGCAGUCCGUCAUGACGGAGGACGAGGAGGACUGGGAGGACUACUGCAAGGGCGGCUACCACCCCGUCCACAUCGGCGACACCUUCUCCGACGGCAGGUACACCGUGGUCAGGAAACUCGGCUGGGGCCAUUUCUCGACCGUAUGGCUGGCCAAAGAUUCAAAGCUGAACCGGCACGUCGCGCUGAAGAUCGUAAAGUCCGCGCCACGGUACACCGAGACGGCGCUGGACGAGAUCAAGCUCCUCCAGCGGCUGAUCACGUCCUCCACGCCUCCCGUCCAGCCCUCGCCAGAAAACCCGCAUCCGCCAGCCUCCCCCGCGCAGACGCACCCCGGCCGAUCCCAUGUCAUCUCCUUUCUCGACCACUUUCGCCACAAAGGCCCCAACGGCACCCACGUCUGCAUGGUCUUCGAGGUCCUCGGCGAGAACCUGCUCGGGCUCAUCAAGCGCCACCAGCGAAAGGGCGUCCCUCCCCAUCUCGUCAAGCAGAUCGCAAAACAGGUCCUCCUGGGUCUCGAUUACAUGCAUCGAUGCUGCGGCGUCAUUCACACCGACUUGAAGCCGGAGAAUGUGCUCAUCUGCAUCGAUGAUGUCGAGUCCAUCAUCCAGGCCGAACUCGCAGCGUCUGCAAGCGCAACCACACCACCCACCAAACUUGUCGGCGUGCCGCCGUCACGCGGGCGCGGCGGCAACCAGACGCCUCGCUCAGAAUCCGUAUUCAUCACAGGCUCACAGCCGCUACCGUCACCCUCAUCAUCCUACGGCCAAUCACCGAUGCUGGACAAGUGGGCGUUCGGCAUGAGCAAGAUCGAUCCGAACGACGCCAGCAAGCCCGGCUCGCUCAAAGCUACCGGCAGCGGCGCAGAGUCUUCUGAGGAGGGGCGUCGGGCGCUGUCUGAGGAGAUGAAUCAGACGUCGGAGCGUAUAUCGCAGUUACAGUUCGAUAUGAAUGGACAACCGCAACAGCAGCGCUCGGCGGCUGGCCCGUCUCUGCUCACUCAACAAGCGCCGGAUCACCCUUCUACGCUAUCCAAUUCGCCCAAGGACUUGUCGCCUGAGAAGUUCCCUAUCACCAACGACGGCCCUUCGCUGACUGCAACGGCCGCAACAACGCCUGACAUACCCGUUAUGGACGGCACUGAGCGUAUAACGGUGAAGAUCGCUGAUCUGGGCAACGCAACGUGGGUGGAGCACCACUUUACGGACGACAUCCAGACGCGACAAUACCGCUGUCCGGAAGUCCUAUUGGGCGCACGAUGGGGUCCAAGCGCGGACAUUUGGAGUGUGGCUUGCGUGAUGUUUGAGCUUCUCGCUGGUGGCGACUAUCUCUUCGACCCGCAGGCAGGCUCGCGGUACACGAAGGACGAGGACCACAUAGCGCAAAUAAUCGAGCUGAUGGGCGAGCUACCGCAUACGCUUGCGUUCUCGGGCAAGUACAGCUCGCGCUUCUUCAACCGCAAAGGCGAACUGCGACAUAUCAGCAAGCUCCGCUUCUGGCCGCUCGAAGACGUGCUUCACGACAAAUAUGAGUUCUCACGCGACACCGCGAACACCAUCGCGAGCUUCCUGAACCCCAUGCUCCGCUUACACCCGGAGAAACGCGCAGGCGCGAGCGAGCUGAUACAUCACCGCUGGCUCGACGGCGUCGUGGUCCAAGGCGAGAUCGACGUCCUCAAACGCGCAGAAGAGGCCGAUCGCCGUGCGCGCGCGUCUGAGCCGGGCGAGCCGCAGUUCCCCUCGGGCGAACCGGAUAAUGACGCUCUCAAACCCGUGGAUGACACGCCCGCGACGGACGACGAGCGCGCCGCGUCCACGGCGCCAAAGCUUGGGAUGCCGAAGCCUUCUUCGAGCGCGGCGAAGGAGAACGCGGCGAAGAAGGCGAGCUGA